CAGUAUGGAUAUAUAAGAUGGUGAACCAUGAACAUCUUCAGUUGAAAUUCAUAUUCAUAAUAAUGAUCUCCCUCUCAAUUCUUCUUCUUGUUCUUCUUGGAGUCAACGGCCAAGGUGGUGUUGGAGGAGAGGAGGGGAGUCUGGAACAAUCUAUUCCAGGCAUCCCUGGAUCAGACUAUCCCAUAUUUAUUGAAGCUCCUGAGACCUCCUUCCUCUGUGACAAUAAGGUUGAUGGCGGUUACUAUUCCGAUCCCGAAGCCGAAUGCCAAGCGUUCCAUAUUUGUGCAAGCAAUGGGUUUGGUGGCCUAACCAAGUACAGUUUUGUCUGUCCCAACGGAACUCUAUUUAAUCAGGAGGUAUUUGUCUGUGAUUGGUGGUUUAAUGUAGACUGUUCCCUAGCUGAAGGAUUUUACGGACUCAAUGAUCAGUAUGCCGCAGAGCGAGAAGCCAACGGUGGAAGUCAGGGCAUUGAUCAAAGAUCAGCUGUUGGACUUCAGUCCGAUAAACCGCAACAAUCUGCUGAAAACACUGCUCAAACUAGAACUGGAAGGCGUCUCUCAGGCAAUGGAAGACAAAAUGGUGGAAGAUCCUCAAGAAAUGGAGGCAGAGGCCAAAGGAAUGGAGUUAGGUCCUCUCGAAAUGGAAGACGCUCUUUUGGAAAAUAACUUGAUUCUGAACUUUGAACAGGAAGAAUUUUACACUAUUAAACAAAAUGUUGUCUUCAUAUACUUCAUUUAGAAUAAUGUGUCUAGUCUACAAUAUGUAUUCAUAUUUAAUUAAUUAAAUUAUAAAAAUAAACCAAAAAUUGAUUUAAU